AUGCCGCUCCGCCCCGGCUCGCUGGUCCCAGAAGGCGCCGGGUUUCCCAAGAUGGCGGCCGACGUGUCCGUUACUCACCGGCCCCCGCUGAGCCCGGAGUCUGGGGCCGAGGUUGAAGCUGGUGAUGCCGCGGAGCGCCGGGCGCCCGAAGAAGAGUUGCCGCCGCUAGAUCCAGAAGAGAUCCGGAAGCGCCUGGAACACACCGAGCGCCAGUUCCGUAACCGCCGCAAGAUACUGAUCCGGGGCCUCCCGGGGGACGUGACCAACCAGGAAGUGCACGACCUGCUCAGCGACUAUGAGCUCAAGUACUGUUUUGUGGACAAAUACAAAGGGACAGCCUUCGUGACCCUGCUGAACGGGGAGCAGGCGGAGGCUGCCAUCGGCGCUUUUCAUCAGAGCCGCCUGCGGGAGCGCGAGCUGUCGGUGCAGCUGCAGCCCACGGAUUCCCUGCUGUGUGUGGCCAACCUGCCGCCCAGCCUCACGCAGCAGCAGUUCGAGGAGCUGGUGCGGCCCUUUGGCAGCCUGGAGCGCUGCUUCCUGGUCUACAGCGAGCGCACCGGCCACUCCAAGGGCUACGGCUUUGCCGAGUACAUGAAGAAGGACUCAGCCGCCCGCGCCAAGUCAGACCUGCUGGGCAAGCCGCUGGGCUCGCGCACCCUCUACGUGCACUGGACGGACGCCGGGCAGCUGACGCCUGCUCUCCUGCACUCCCGCUGCCUCUGUGUCGACCGCCUGCCACCCGGCUUCAGCGACGUGGACGCCCUGUGCCGGGCGCUGUCCGCCAUCCACACGCCCACCUUCUGCCAGCUGGCUUGCGGCCAGGACGGGCAGCUGAAGGGCUUCGCGGUGCUGGAAUACGAGACGGCCGAGAUGGCGGAGGAGGCGCAGCAGCGGGCCGACGGCCUGGCCCUGGGGGGCAGCCACCUGCGCGUCUCCUUCUGCGCCCCCGGGCCCCCCGGCCGCAGCAUGCUGGCCGCACUCAUCGCUGCCCAGGCCACGGCCCUCAACCGGGGGAAGGGGCUCCUGCCCGAGCCCAGCAUCCUGCAGCUGCUCAACAACCUGGGGCCGUCCGCCUCCCUCCAGCUGCUGCUCAACCCCCUGCUCCACGGCAGCGCAGGGGGCAAGCAGGGCCUCCUGGGUGCCCCGCCGGCCAUGCCGCUGCUCAACGGGCCAGCCCUGUCCACGGCGCUGCUGCAGCUCGCCCUGCAGACCCAGAGCCAGAAGAAGCCCGGGAUCCUUGGAGAUUCACCCCUGGGCACCCUCCAGCCUGGGGCCCAGCCGGCUACCCCCCUCCUGGGAGAGCUGUCUGCAGGGGGGGGCCUGACCCCGGAGCUGCCGCCCCGGCGAGGGAAGCCACCACCCCUGUUGCCACCACUGCUUGGCCCCGCUGGGGGUGACCGGGAGGCCAUGGGCCUGGGUCCCCCAGCCGCCCAGCACACUCCUCCCCCACCCCCCGUAGGGCUCCGAGGCACUGGCCUCAGGGGCCUCCAGAAAGACACUGGGCCUCUGCCGCCGCCCGCUGGGGUCUCGCUGCUCGGGGAGCCCCCCAAGGACUACCGGAUCCCCCUGAAUCCCUACCUGAACCUGCACAGCCUGCUCCCAGCCAGCAACCUGGCGGGUAAGGAGGCCCGGGGCUGGGGAGGCGCUGGGAGAAGCCGCCGCCCAGCUGAGGGCCCCCUGCCUAACCCCUCAGCCCCUGGCGGCGGCGGCAGCGGCGGUGCCAGCAGCAGCAGCAAAGCCUUCCAGCUUAAGUCCCGCCUGCUCAGCCCCCUCACCAGCACCCGCCUGCCCCCCGAACCAGGGCUGCCUGACAGCUACGGCUUGGACUACCCCUUGGAUGUGGGACCUCGGCGGCUCUUCUCGCACCCACGGGAGCCAGCCCUCGGGCCUCACGGGCCCAGCCGACACAAGAUGUCUCCCCCGCCCAGUGGCUUUGGCGAGCGGAGCGGUGGGGGUGGAGGCGGGCCCCUCUCUCACUUCUACUCGGGCUCGCCCACCUCCUACUUCACCAGCGGCCUGCAGGCUGGCCUUAAGCAAAGCCACCUCAACAAGGUGGUCGGCUCCUCCCCACUGGGCUCCGGAGAAGGGCUCCUGGGUCUCGGCCCUGGGCCCAACGGUCACAGCCACCUGCUGAAGACCCCACUGGGUGGCCAGAAACGCAGCUUUGCCCACCUGCUGCCCUCGCCCGAGCCCAGCCCGGAAGGCAGCUACGUGGGCCAGCACUCCCAGGGCCUCGGUGGCCACUAUGCGGACUCCUACCUGAAGCGGAAGAGAAUUUUCUAAGGGGCCGGCGCCAGAGAUGCCCAAGGACCUGCACCAAAUCGCUUUUGGGUUUUCUGGUGUUUUGUUUUGUGUUUUUUAAAAACAUUUUCUUUCUUUCGGUAAUAGAAAAAUCUCUGAAAGACUUUACUGACCAACCAGCCGGAGCCCCAGGAGCCCAAGGAGUGUGGGGGCGUCUAGGGGCCUCAGCGCUCCUCUGGCCGGCUCCCCACGCCGAAACCCUGCAGCCUUAAGAGAGGGGCCCCGGCCUGCUCUCUCCCUCCCCGUCUCCUGUCCUCUGCCUGUGCCUGUCUCUCCGGGAGUCCUCUCCUGCCUCGUCACUCCUGUAUUUUGGCCUUUCGAGUGCCUUGGAGGUUUCCCUGACCUCCUGUGAGGAUCAGAGACCGUCCCCCUUUUUUAACUUUGACAAUUGACUUGUGUUUCCUUUUCUAAUUU